GACUUUUAGAAAUUUUGUGGAAAUCACAGCCUAAGGCACUGAAGCCAGAAAAAUGUUGAAUGUAACUGGUAACCCUCGUCGACGGUUGGUAUCCCUCUACAAGGAGAGAGGAAAUUUACGAAUUAUGAAUAAAUAUGUAGUAGAAGACUACCAAUCUGUUACCGACAGAAAGGAAGGAAACAUUAUUAAAGUAGGUGCUACGUUGUUAUGGUAAACUGUUCUUGGACUGCAAAAAAUCCGUGAUAUUUUUGUUUCUCCUAUCUCGUUUGUUCUCAACCAUUGUGAGACUGCAGCCCGGUAAAUUCUUAUUUUAUAAGAGGAGGGCCCGGGACUGGGCCGCGGCCCAGCGGUUGAGAAACACAUUUCCGUCCACGUCUAUCGCUCGUCGUUUCUUCAUAUUUGUAAACUUUGUUACGCAUCUUCGUCACCAGAUUGCGCUGGACUCAGUAGUGGGAAUAUGUCAACGUGUGAUUGGUUUCAGUGACAAAUUGACGUGGACGUAUGCCGUUGAAUGUGUUCGUUUUCGCCUGCGAAGAGGUUUACUUAUGUGUGUAGUCAGUAGCAGUGUAUAAUGGAAAAGAACACAAAAUUUCUUGUUUAUGCUGUUGGAAUAUUUGUAUGCUACUUUUAUUAUGGAGUACUUCAAGAGAAGAUAACUAGAGGCACUUAUGGUGAAGAUGAAAAUCAAGAAAAAUUCACGUGUAUGCUGGCGUUAGUUUUUUUCCAAUGCGUUGUGAAUUAUAUAUUCGCGAAGAUCGUGCUUGCGACUGUGAUGAAGCAGGGAGAAGACAAUACGAGAACUUUAUAUUACUCAUCGAGUGCCCUUACAUACCUGCUUGCUAUGGUGUGCAGCAAUAUGGCCUUGCAGUGGGUUAACUACCCCACUCAGGUAGUGGGCAAGUCAGGAAAACCUAUUCCUGUUAUGAUCCUAGGAGUGCUGCUCGGAAGGAAGAAUUAUCCUCUAAGGAAAUAUCUUUUUGUGCUACUCAUAGUUGUGGGUGUAGCAAUGUUCAUGUUUAAAGAUGGUAGAUCAGGUGAAGGAAGUUCAGUAGUUGGCUUUGGGGAGUUCCUACUAGCACUGUCUCUGAUGAUGGAUGGAUUAACUGGAGCCAUACAGGAACGCAUGCGAAGUGAGUAUAAGACGAAAUCUGGACAUAUGAUGUUGAAUAUGAACUUAUGGUCCAUAAUUUACUUGGGAGUGGCCAUCAUCGUCUCUGGAGAAGGCCUCGUGUUUGUGAACUUUAUUCAAAGACACCCAAGUCUAGUGUGGCAGUUACUAACGUUCUCAGUCGCAAGUGCUCUGGGACAGUUCUUCAUCUUCCUGACUGUGAGUGACUUUGGACCUCUGCCUUGCUCCAUUGUCACCACAACACGCAAGUUUUUCACUGUGCUUGGCUCUGUGAUCCUGUUUGGGAACACGCUUCUGAUCAGGCAGUGGUUUGCAACUGUCAUUGUGUUCACCGGUCUGUUCCUUGACAGCAUGUAUGGAAAAGCAGUUGAUAAAAUGAAGUAAUUACAACUUCAAGUAUAGGCGUAAAUGAACUUCAGUUUCCUUCUUCAGGAAAUAUUGCAGAGAUUUUUUACAUUCAGGAGGUCUCAUCAGGCAUGUGGUCAGAAUUUGGUGUCUUCUGGUGGUGACAGGAUUUGGUUGAAUGAAUUGUGAAUGUGUCACUAGACUUGACCUUUCAUUUGAGAUGCUGAUUGUUGUUACAUGUAUUGUCCCUCCGUAGCCAAACAGAUACAGCUUGCUGAGUGAAACCUGGCAGUAGCUGGGAAUAAAUCCUGACAUGUGUGUAGGAGCAGUUGCUCCAACAAACAUUUUCUUUUUUAUGUAUGCAGACAGUAGAUCACAUCACAUUGCAUGUCAUGUUCAGUGCAACAGUUCUACACAUCUCUUCAGGGGCCACAAUUUGUGCUUUUAGGACCCAGGAGAGGAGUGAAGUUGGGGGUCCAGACCUUCCGUCUUUUCUGAGAAACAGAUUUUACAUGAUCUUUAAUAUUUAUUUUAUAAAUUUUGUUAUUAUAUGGAGGAUAUCUAUUGUACAGGCAAGAAUACUAUGCUGCUUAUGUACAGAACAAAUUUGGUUUGAUAUUAGUGAUGCCCAGCUGGAUCUGUAGUCUGUUCUGAAUUCUGAACGCUGCAUAGAUAUGUGAAGGGAAGCUUGUAUGUGUGUAGAGGGUGAGGAUUUUGACAGGACAAAUAAGUUUCUAUGGACUCUGUUUUUAUAGCAUUAUUGUGCCAUUAAAGAAACUGUUUCACCAGUAUACAGGCAGAGAGAUUGCAAUACAGAGUGGUACAAUGAGAUGGCUGUCAUGUGGACUAUUGUGCUGGUUUGUAUUCCUUGGGUUAUGUAGUCUUCUUGAGUGAGGCCAUGUGAAGUGACAGGCAUGGUCCAUAUGUGGCCAUUAUUGAGUUAUUUUGUAGCCCAUGACAGUGUAAAUAUCAAUAUUCAGUUGAAUACACAGUCAUGGAGAGAAGUGAAUUGAUAAUUUCAGUAUAUCAUGAUUAAUGUACUCUGUUUCAAACUUAACAAGACAAGGUGUCACCUAAAUUCUAAGUUAUGUUUUGGAAUACUGUUUGAUUUUGUACUUCUUUUGGCUUAUUUUGGACUUCACCCAUCAUCUGGUAUGUAAAAGACAAAAAGACAAAAAACCACGACGUUUCGGAGACUGGAUGUCUCCGUCUUCAGGUGGUGUCUCAACCACUGGAGGUCCAGUGGUUGAGACUAGCUCUUUCUAAGGGGCCCAACUGAGUAGGUUUAUCCUUCCCUAUCCACCUGAAGACGGAGAC